CCGCUAGAUGGCUCCACUUACUGGCAGCGAGAGCGAAGAAAAAUCAAUAGAAAUUUUCAUUUUAGUGAAUUGCUCUGCGCUCGGGAAUAGUUAACAAACAAAUUAGCGGCGAAGUAGUGAGACAAAGCAAAGCCAGUUGAAGUUACAUAAAGGGAAGCACUUGGAAAUAAGCAUUCCGCAGCCAACACCCCGGAUUCCGAAUUCCGAUUCAGAAGCGAAGCCAACUCUAAAAAUCUCUGAUCUCUCUCGCUCCGCCACAGAAAUUCCGCAACGCUAAGCGAUUUUGCCCGCUCCGAGUGAAAAAAUCGGCAAAGUCCCAAGGAACAACAAAUAUCCGAAGGAAAUAUAGAGAAAUAGAGAGGAGAGCAACUAUUAUAUAUCUUAGUUCCGACGUCGAGUUCGAGCGAUAAGAACGCCUCGAGACUCGGCCGCCUUCCAUCGACGAUUUUCUUGCGCCCCCAGUUUGCAUAAAACCAGCGAAAAUUAACAAGCUAACUACCAUGGCGCCGGUGCGGGGGGAUGGCAUGAGAGGGCUGGCCGUCUUUAUAUCGGAUAUAAGAAACUGUAAAAGCAAAGAAGCGGAGGUCAAACGCAUAAACAAGGAGUUGGCCAACAUACGGAGCAAAUUUAAAGGAGACAAAACUCUUGACGGCUAUCAGAAGAAGAAAUAUGUUUGCAAGCUGCUAUUCAUUUUUCUCCUCGGCCAUGACAUCGACUUUGGCCACAUGGAGGCGGUCAAUUUACUGUCCUCCAACAAAUACUCGGAGAAGCAGAUCGGAUACCUAUUCAUCUCUGUGCUGGUGAACACGAACAGCGACCUAAUUCGGCUGAUCAUUCAGUCGAUCAAGAAUGAUUUGCAGUCUCGCAAUCCUGUGCACGUUAAUUUAGCCUUGCAGUGCAUCGCCAAUAUCGGCAGCCGGGAUAUGGCUGAGUCCUUUUCCAACGAGAUACCUAAGCUACUUGUUUCGGGGGACACCAUGGACGUGGUUAAGCAGUCGGCGGCGCUGUGCCUGCUCCGCCUGUUCCGCUCCUCGCAGGAUAUCAUUCCUGGCGGUGAGUGGACAUCGCGCAUCAUCCAUUUGCUCAAUGAUCAGCACAUGGGAGUAGUCACAGCGGCCACCUCGCUGAUCGACGCCUUGGUGAAACGCAACCCAGACGAGUACAAGGGUUGUGUAAACUUGGCAGUUUCUCGCUUGUCUCGGAUCGUAACAGCCAGCUACACGGAUCUUCAGGAUUACACGUACUACUUUGUGCCGGCGCCGUGGCUAUCCGUGAAACUUCUUCGGCUGCUGCAGAAUUAUAACCCAGUGACCGAGGAGGCAGGCGUACGGGCUCGGUUAAACGAAACUCUAGAAACGAUUCUGAAUAAGGCCCAGGAGCCACCGAAGAGUAAGAAAGUGCAGCACUCCAACGCCAAGAACGCUGUGCUCUUCGAAGCCAUCAAUUUGAUCAUUCACAGCGACAGCGAGCCCAACCUGCUAGUUCGCGCUUGCAACCAGUUGGGCCAGUUUCUUAGCAAUCGAGAGACUAAUUUACGUUACUUGGCUCUGGAGUCCAUGUGCCACCUAGCCACUUCGGAGUUCUCGCACGAGGAGGUGAAGAAGCACCAGGAGGUAGUCAUACUGUCGAUGAAAAUGGAGAAGGAUGUAUCCGUCCGCCAAAUGGCGGUGGAUCUAUUGUAUGCCAUGUGUGAUCGUGGUAAUGCCGAGGAGAUCGUUCAAGAGAUGCUCAACUAUCUGGAAACAGCUGACUACUCGAUUCGCGAGGAGAUGGUGCUCAAGGUGGCUAUUCUCGCAGAGAAGUACGCGACGGAUUAUACCUGGUAUGUGGAUGUGAUCCUUAAUCUUAUCCGCAUUGCUGGAGACUACGUGUCCGAGGAAGUGUGGUACCGGGUCAUACAAAUCGUAAUUAACCGUGAGGAAGUUCAGGGAUAUGCCGCGAAGACCGUUUUUGAAGCGCUACAGGCACCUGCCUGCCACGAAAACAUGGUUAAAGUUGGAGGUUACAUAUUGGGAGAAUUUGGAAACUUAAUUGCCGGAGAUUCCCGUUCCGCGCCAUUAGUGCAGUUUAAACUGUUGCACUCCAAGUACCAUUUGUGCUCGCCAAUGACGCGGGCCCUGCUCCUAUCCACGUACAUCAAGUUUAUCAACCUGUUUCCUGAGAUUCGCACCAAUAUCCAGGAUGUGUUCCGACAGCACAGCAAUCUUCGUUCCGCAGAUGCAGAACUUCAGCAGAGAGCCAGCGAAUAUCUCCAACUUAGUAUCGUGGCAUCUACGGAUGUGUUGGCCACCGUUCUCGAAGAAAUGCCAUCGUUCCCGGAGCGCGAAAGCUCUAUUCUAGCAGUGCUGAAGAAAAAGAAGCCCGGGCGAGUGCCGGAGAAUGAGAUCCGCGAGUCGAAGAGUCCGGCUCCGCUGUCUUCUGCAACGCAGAACAACGCCCACGUGAACAAUUCUCACAGUAAACUGAAUAACAGCAACGCGAAUACGGAUCUGCUUGGUUUGAGUACUCCACCAUCAAAUAAUAUUGGCAGUGGCACCAAUAGCAACAGCACGCUAAUUGAUGUUUUGGGAGAUAUGUACGGCAGCAACAGUAACAACAACUCAAGUGCCGUGUACAACACAAAGAAGUUCUUGUUCAAGAAUAAUGGUGUCCUGUUCGAAAACGAAAUGCUGCAGAUCGGCGUAAAGAGCGAGUUUCGCCAAAAUCUGGGACGACUGGGUCUGUUCUAUGGUAACAAGACACAAGUCCCUCUGACGAACUUUAAUCCCGUGUUGCAGUGGUCCGCAGAGGAUGCUCUUAAGCUAAACGUGCAGAUGAAGGUUGUGGAACCGACCCUGGAGGCCGGCGCCCAGAUUCAACAGCUGCUAACUGCGGAGUGCAUAGAGGACUACGCCGAUGCCCCAACCAUCGAGAUCAGUUUCCGCUACAACGGCACACAGCAAAAGUUUAGCAUCAAAUUGCCAUUGAGCGUUAACAAGUUCUUUGAGCCUACAGAGAUGAAUGCCGAAUCAUUCUUUGCGCGAUGGAAGAAUCUAAGCGGGGAGCAACAACGGUCACAGAAAGUGUUCAAGGCAGCACAGCCACUGGAUUUAGCCGGAGCCCGCAAUAAGCUGAUGGGCUUCGGCAUGCAGCUGCUGGACCAGGUGGAUCCCAAUCCAGACAACAUGGUUUGUGCAGGUAUCAUUCAUACGCAAUCCCAGCAGGUGGGCUGCCUGAUGAGAUUGGAGCCGAAUAAGCAAGCUCAGAUGUUCCGACUGACCGUCCGGGCCAGUAAAGAGACCGUUACUCGGGAGAUCUGUGAUCUGCUGUCAGAUCAGUUCUAAGCCACAACAAUCAUUGACGGGGAGGAUCGAGAUGGAGCUACGAAGACAUGGAGCCACGGCAACCACUUUACAAUGCACAAUCCCAAUCACCUAGAGAAAUAUCAAAGCAAAAACAGUCCUCACACUUUGCGCGUUUAGUUAUGCCAGUCACUCCUACUCUCUUCAUAAGUACCUUUCAUCUUUUUCAGCAGCGCGUUGCUGAUUGAGCUUUACCCACUCUCCUGUUUACUUUUGAAUUGAAUAUUAUUUUUGUAAACCUACUCGUACUUUAUCCAUUUCCCUCUUUCAUGUCCCCAAAACCCUUAUCCGUAUCAGAAUUCUUUGUAAAUGUUAAGCUCAAAAAGUUCAUAGUAGAGAAAAGAGAGAACAUAAUUAGAUUAUGUUUAUAUGUAUGACAAAUUAUAUAUUGUUGCAUCAUUUCGAGGCAGUAGCAAUUGGAUAUUAUAUACCUAUACACAGAAAUACAUUCAUACAAACUACAUACAUAUACAUAGUAUAUACGUCGUUGUAAUAAAAACAAAAACAAUAUAAAACAAAAGAGAAAAGCUUGCAAGGAAAUUAUUAAGAUGCCUGCAAAUGACAAGUAUGCAAAUCGUUAUCUAAAUAUUUAUACAUAUAUUGAUUAUUGCAAUUGCAUCAAAACGAAAUUCAUGUUUAAUGUUUUUGAUUGUGAAGAUUUAAUGGAAAGCCGCAGGAGCAGAAAUCUCAUUAAAUAUUAGACAAAUAAUUAGAGAUGGGUUAACCAAAACUCCCUGAUUAAUCACUGUUGAGCAACUAAAAUUGAUCGAAGACCGGAGAAAAGUCCAAUUUUGAGAAAACAAAAGAAAAACAUUCAAAAUAUUAUUAUACCUAUAGCAGAAUUUUUCGAUUGAUCCUGGGUAAUAUUUCGUUUUAUAUGUGUACCAUAAUAAACUGACGAGAACUACAUGUUGUGCCGCUUCCUGGGAAGGAAAGCGAUCUCUAUAGCACCAAGUAUUAACUUACCCGAAGCAGUAGCAGCAGCAAGCCAUAAAUCUGCUAUAACUCUCUUCAAUUGCGAGGCCGUAGCCGGUGAAGAACAAAGAAUUGUAAACUAAAAUAAACAUUAUAUAGAUACUGAUACUGAAUACCGAUAAAGCAAAUUGUCAUCGUAUACUUAUUACCACUAAACUCUCAAUCCUUUCGUAUCAACCAAUGUGCAUGUCAGUUGGAAGUUUAAUUAUUUCCAAAGUGCAAUAGUUAAAUGUUAACAAAAUUCCACAAGAAUUCCAUUCAACACAAACGCAAAGCAAAUGCGACUAAAACAGCAACAAGAACAUAAACCACAACUACAUAUAGCAAAUGCAGGAAUUUAACUGUAAACGUAAACAAAUAUGUAUUUAAAUAAAUAAAUAAAUAUAAAUUGAAACCAUA